GCCAGGUUGGGGGCCAGCGCGGUAGGCAUAUAAACCCCAGUGUGGGCGCCUGGCUCUUUGGUUUCCUUCCAGAGCCUCUCUGUCAUCUGGUCUGAUCCACCCCUGUGGCCCCAGAUCCAAGAUGUCCAGUCCCCUGGAGCAGGCACUGGCUGUGAUGGUCGCCACCUUCCACAAGUACUCUGGCCAAGAGGGUGACAAGUUCAAGCUGAGUAAGGGGGAGAUGAAGGCACUUCUGCACAAGGAGCUGCCCAGCUUUGUUGGGGAGAAGGUGGAUGAGGAGGGCCUGAAGAAGCUGAUGGGCGACCUGGACGAGAACAGCGACCAGCAGGUGGACUUCCAGGAAUACGCCGUUUUUCUGGCCCUGGUUACUAUCAUGUGCAACGAGUUCUUCCAGGAUGCCCCGGACCGGCUGUGAGCGGGGCUCCUGCUUGGCCACAGCCCUCCUGGACCCACGAGGACUCUAGCUACCCCUUUUGUACCCAAUAAACAUUUCUGUUGAUCAUAUUUUAAUUGCUCAGUGAUGCCCCAUCCCCUGGCUGGCUGAGUUGGGUUGCUGGACAAUAAGAGCAUCCUUAGAUCCCACCCCUCUGGGCUCUGACUCUUCUGGAAAUCUCUGCAAGGCCAGAGCUGCACCUCAAGUCCCAGAGUUUGGCAUUUCAAAUACCGGUAAAAAUUUGAGAUAGUUUGCUAAUAUUUUUUUUCCAAAUAAAGAUUUUAAAAAAGGCAAA